AUGGCAGCCAAUUCCAAUCCCUCCUCUCUUUCCAGUGAUUACCAAAACGGUGGCAUGAAUUCCAGCUUACAGUUGAUCAGAAACACGAGCAGCCUGCUCUUCCUGCACAUGGAAUCGCGGGGCUUGCAAGGGAAUUCUGUCACGUUUAUUGGAUUGCUCAAGGCCUGCGCGAGCCUCGCAGAGAAGGAGAAUGGGAAGGUUUUAGAAGAUCUAGAGCUCGUCGUGAAUUUCUCUUCUCUUGACAGAGGAAUGGCUCUUCACUCCCUUGCCACUGCAAGGGGAAUCGACACAAACGCUUUGGUAGCUAGCAGCUUGGUGGAAAUGUAUGCUCGGUGUGGCAGCGUGGUGGAUGCGUGGAAGGUUUUUCUUGGAGCUCCAAAGCGUGACGUAGUUCUAUGGACUUCUUUGAUGCAGGGGUCUUUUUUAGAGAAUGGGCAGAGCGAGGUGGUGCUUGAGCUCUUCGUAGAGACGCAACGAGAAAGAAGUGGAGCAAAUGCCAGAACCUUUGUUGCGGUGUUCCAGGCCAUCACUUCUUUAGCAAAGAGGGAACGAGGAGAAGAAACAAUCCAUGGAAGGACAGUCUCUGGAAAGAGCAUGGGCGAUGCUCUUGGAGUGUUUAGCACCAUUUUCCAGCCAAAUCAAGUCUGUUGGAUGGCAUUGAUGCUCGGGUAUGUUAAAAACAGUCAGGCCGAAACAGCGCUACAUUUUUCCUUGCUAAUGCAACUGGAGGGAUGUUCUCCAGACGUCUGGACUCUCGUUUGCGAGCUCAAAGCUUGUGGAAGCUCGGUAGCCUUGAGGCUUGGCCGGAUACUUCACGAAGAGAUCACGAGCUUGGGGUUCCAGUUCCAGGGAGCCGUGAUCUCUUCGUUGGUAGAUUUCUACAGCAGAUGUGGGAGCAUGGACGAAGCGGAGCUGGUUUUCAACUCGGUCUCGAGGAAGGAUGCUGUGAGUUGGAGCUCACUUAUCGCGGGCUACAGCCGCUAG